ACCACGACUCCCAAAUCUACCUCGCUGUUCUCCACGUCCCCCAUUCCAUUAUGACAUGAGGAGAAUACCAUAGAGACACAGAUAUAGAGGAGCUCUACAAGCAUUGAAGAAGGUCAAUACUUGAUUAAUAGAUGGCUGAUGACUUCUAGAAAUAUGUCAACGUUAUGGUACAGUCGGACAUAAUCGGACGCAGUCAGACCUGAAAGUCACAACAGCGAGGCACUGAGAGACGACCAUUCACAUCCUCACUGGGAAACCGUAGUGGCAAGACGAUACACAGAUCAUGGAUAUACGACAUGUGGCCAGGGUUAUAGCGCUCAUAUCAUGGGUCAAGUUUGGAGUUGACACGGCGUCUCAAGAAGAUACACACCGACUACUGAACACCUUGUUCCACAACUACAGUGUAUUUAUCAGGCCCACACACGACCAGGACAUGCCAAUCAGUGUGAACGUAGUGCUCGUUAUGGAACAGAUGCAGAGUCUGGACAUGAAAACGGAAACAAUGAAGUCGUUGGGAUUUUUCAGCAUUACCUGGAUGGACGAGUUUCUGGUAUGGACACCAGAGGAAUAUGGGGAUGUGGAAUACAUUACUUACGCUGCAAACAUGAUAUGGACACCUGAUUACGUCAUUGACAAUGAUGUUAGUUUAAAGAAGCGUAUGGGAGACGACAAAAGUUUGGUUCUAAUCAAAUCGAACGGCAAGGUCAUUUGGGAACCAGGGUACGUCGCCACAACAACCUGCAACGUCGACAUUACAUACUUCCCAUUCGACACACAAGUGUGCUCUAUAAACAUACUUUCAUGGAUGACAACAAAUGUGCAUCAACUCACGACUUCGACAACGGGUGUAUCUCUGCAGGCGUAUAUUCAAAAUGGAGAGUUUCAUUUGAUCACUGGAUGGGUGAAUUCAACAUCGCACACAAUGACUGAUAUUGAAAAUGAAACACUAGAGGGUUUAGAUUUUUUCGUCGUUCUUAAGCGGAAGACAACCUUCUUCUGGCUGUGUCUGGUGUCCCCACUGCUGGUGUUCCCCUUGCUGAGUCCUCUGAGUUUCCUGGUUCCUGCAGACAGUGGGGAGAAGACGACCCUGGCCAUCACAUCUCUACUAUCAGUCUUUGUGUUCAUGUCGUCCAUCUAUGACACGUUGCCUAAGCUGUCGAACCAUGUCUCACGGUUUGUGUUACUGGCAUCCAUACAAAGUUUUAUCAGCUUCCUCUCUGUAGUAGGCAACGUCAUCAUUUUGUGCAUAUACAGACUCCCACCCGAACACCGCGUUCCCAGGUGGAUGACGUGGCUUGCAGCUAAGCGCCAGGACUUAGCGCCUGAGAGGAUGAAAAGUAACGAGGAAUCCGAACUAUUCAACAAAAGUGAUAUGAGUACCAGGGGCAAAGGUCGUGAAAAUGUACCAUUGACUUGGCCGGUGGUCGCUGAAUUUCUGAACAAAAUAUGUUUUGUUGUUUUUCUAUUGGCUGUGAUACUUGUGACUGUAAUAAUCGGGGUAUUGAUGUCUUUUUAGUUCAGUGGGACAUUAUUUUACACCUACUACUACAACAACAGCAACUACUACUACUACUACUACUACUACUACUGCUGCUACUACUACUAAUCAGUCUUUAGCAACCCAUGCUUGCCGGAAAA